AUGUCAAAGAGAAGUAGAACUAAUUUACGAAAGAGAAAUGUCAGUCUGAAGAAAAAACCAACUUUAGAUUGGCAGGAAAGAAGGAGGCGGCAGAUCAGUGAUGCUUUAUCAAAAAAAGAUAUUUCACAACUUCGAAGAUUGGCAACUUCAGGUCAUGGUUUGGUUAAUGAUGGCUUACGACGACUAUGUUGGCCAUUACUUUUACAUUUUGAACAUUAUGAGCUUCAUUACAAAGACAACCUUCAAGAGGUACAUAAUGACGAGCGUCAGGUCCUACUUGAUGUCGAACGAUCAUUUGUUUACUUUCCUAAAGGGUUAAAUCAUGUUCAAAGAAAGCAGAAGCAAUCUGAACUGAAUGAUGUUAUCGUAGGAAUUUUACGGAGACAUCCCAAACUUUCAUAUUAUCAGGGAUUUCAUGAUAUAUGUUCAUGCCUUCUACUUGUGUUGGGGAAGAAAGAUGCUAUUAAAGCAGGAGAGAAUAUUGCAAUAACGGAUGCGAUGCUUGAUUCAUUAGAUCCUAUUUUAAAACAACUUAAUCUCUUGAAUACUUUGAUACGUUUGGAAGACUUGGAAAUUGCAAAUUUUCUUGAGGAAUCAAAUAUUUUACCAUAUUUUUGUCUCAGUUGGGUCAUCACUUGGUGUAGUCACGAUAUUCAUGAUUAUUCAAAAGUCAUUCGUUUAUUCGAUUUUUUUAUUGCAUCGGAUCCUUUAAUUACAAUCUAUCUAUCUGCCAUGGUUAUCAUGAACCGUCGUAAUGAGUUAUUAACGUUAGAACGCGAUAAUGCAACUAUUCAUACAUUCCUUUCUAAAUUUCCUCAACAUAUUGAUAUAAAUGAAUUGAUUCAAGAAACGAUACAACUAUAUAAAAAGCAUCCACCGCGUAAACUUCAAAAAGCUUCCAAUGAAGAACUGGAUGAAAAAUCUUGUGUGAAUUUAUAUGAGAAACAUUGGCUAGAAUUAAAAGCUGAUUAUUCGGUUGUGGAUGAGAUUCUCUCUUUACCUCCUUCAGUUAGAAAACCUGAUAAAAAAUUGAAGAAAUCAAAUCCAUUCAAUAAGCUAAACAACAAACAAACUAUAUUAACCUCUGUAACAGUAAUUGCGUUUAUAUUAAUAACUUCCAAUUGGUUAAUGAA